AUGAUCCCCCAACCCGACAUUCCCCUCCCAAUGAACGAAGCAACAUUCCUCAGCAUGAGCCGCACCCAAGGCUUCACCAUAGAAGUGGAAACAGAUCGGGCUUCAUCUCUCCUAGCCCAAAUGGUCCUCCUAAACCGAAUUCUCUGCGAAAUUAACGACUUCAACAUCAAAGCCGCAGAAACAACCCUGGAAACAGCCUACAUAGCGACAAGCAUCUCCGCACUCUCCGCCAAACUCGAUAACUGGCUCGCCCACCUCCCAACACACAUGCACGACACCCGCGAAAACCUACUAUCAUUCGCUUCCCAAGGCCUAGGCCAGCUCUUCGUGACCCUUUACCUGGGCUACUACCACUACGGCCAGAUGCUAUUCUACAGAUUCCUGCACGAAGACCUCCGUGGCUACGUGCCACGCACACACUUCUAUGCAAAUAAAUGCAAAGAGCACGCCGUGCUGCUGUGCGAGAUUAUCUACAGAUCCGACGAGGUGCCCGGCUGCGACGUGCUGUACAAUAUGGUGGGGCAUGUUCUCGUCAUUGCAUCGACUGUUCAGAUCCAUAUUUUGCUGUUCGGGGUUGAUGGUGAGAGUGUUGCGCGGGCGAGGGGCAGGCUGGAGAGGAAUUUCUGUAUUCUUACGAGGCUUCGCAGGCUGUGGCCUACGCUUGAUGUUUGUAUGGAGCGUUUGCAGGCAUUCCAUCGAGCUUGUAGGCGCUCUGUUGAUACUAGCUUUUGUAUGGAUAGGUGGAUGGUGAGAUUUUUGAUUGAGUUUGCUAAUCCAGUAAGUGAUAAGGAUUCUGGUGAAAUCGAGAGGACGUGGGAAUUAGGGGAGAUUGGUAACUCAGAGGCAUUGUUGGGAGAUAUAUCAGAAAGGUAG